AUGAAUUUCUCAAACAAGCUUGUAAUAACGGUAAAAAAGCCCGCAAAGCGCACUAAACAGAUCUGUGAACACUUGCGCAGGAUGCUUGAGCCAAAUGUCACCGCAAAGCUUAAGGACAAGAACACCACUAUCAAGUCAUACAUUGAAGUUGCAGAUUCAUUCGAGCUAUCACACUUCAUUCUUGUGGAUGCUAGAGAUAUCAAAAUAGGUGUUAGACCAAACGGUCCAACAUACAUAUUCAAUAUUAUUGAGUACAAUCCAACGUAUGUCAAAGUCAGCCAUGAACAUUACAGAGAUGAUCCUCUUAUAACAUUUUCAGGAGACAGUCCAUUGAAGAACCUGUUUUCAUCACUGUCGUCCCAGCCAAGCACCUCCAGAAGAAGCAUCCACUUCCACUUUGAUGACGACCUCAUACAUAUCAGACAUUAUGCAAUACUUACAAAGGACGAGGAUGACAUUAAAGUCGGAUUCACAGAGAUCGGGCCAAGAAUCACUGUACGGCACAUCAAGAAACUAAACGGCUUCUUCAAAUAG